AUGUCCGAAGCGCGAAGACCUGUCUUUUUCAAAAAUUAUGAUAGCACUGCUCUCCCCGGAUACUCCCCUACGCCUUUGAUUUCGAUUCCUAAACUGGCAACAGAACUUGAUGUUCGUGCCGUGCUCGUCAAGAACGAGAGUAACCGACUUGGACUUCCCUCAUUUAAAGUCCUUGGCGCGUCUUGGGGUCUAUAUCGCGCGUUGACGGCUCGCCUUGGGCUUUUGCCGACUAUAUCAUGGGCGGAAUUGACCGAGAGGAUUAAGAUGGCGCCGAGCCCUCUCACUGUCAUCACAGCGACAGACGGAAACCAUGGACGGGCUGUUGCAUAUAUUGCGAAACUGCUAUCCAUCAAAUGCGAAAUUUAUGUGCCACGUACUAUGGAUGCUCACACUCAAGCCCUAAUCAGCGGUGAGGGUGCCACUGUCCAUGUUGUGCAAGCAGACUAUGAUUGUGCGGUGCAGACAGCCGCCAAAGCAUCCCAGGCUGUAGAUGGUGGGCUAUUGGUGCAAGAUACCUCGUUUGAAGGCUACGAGGAGAUCCCGGCAUGGAUCGUCGACGGAUACUCGACUAUGAUGACCGAGAUCGACUCACAGUUGGCCGACAUAGGUUUUCAGAGCACCACCGUGGUUACGCCCGUUGGCGUGGGGUCAUUGGCACAUGCUGUUGUCAAGCACUUCAAGGCUCGUCCUGAGGGCCCGAAGGUGGUUACGGUAGAGCCAGACACAGCGGCGUGUUUAUAUCAGAGCCUUAAGGCUGGCCAGAUGAUACCAGUUGAAACUACACCAACAAUCAUGGAUGGCUUGAACUGCGGUACUGUUACACCAGUCGCGUGGAACGACCUGCGUCGACAUGUAGAUGCAAGCGUCACUGUGUCUUGUUACGAGAGUCACUGUGCUGCGCAAUACUUAGCAUCCGAAGGCGUUACUGCAGGUCCUUGUGGAAGUGCAAGCCUUGCAGCAUUGAGGCGAAUUGCAGAAUCGAAAGAAAGCUCACGUAUUCUGAAAAGCGAUUCAGUCGUGGUUUUGUUAAGCACUGAAGGUUAUAGACCAUACCCGAUUCCUCACGAUGUAUCCAUCGAUGACCCAGUAUCUCUCACCCAAGAACUGACACGAAUUGACUCGUCAAACGUGACUCUAUCCGCUGCAGAUGGCGCUGGUGAGACAGGCAUAAUCGAGUAUAUCUCAGCAUGGCUUGCGCAUCGCGGUAUUGAAACUCACCGCAUUGAAACUGUCUCUGGUCGUCCUUCAGUCGUUGGCGUUCUUCGUGGUAGCGGUGGCGGUAAGUCAUUGAUGCUCAAUGGCCAUGUGGACACUGUUAGUCUGGCCAGCUACGACCAUGAACCGCUGUCUGGUAACUUGGGAGAGAGAAAUGGCUGUCCUGUUGUGUUUGGUCGCGGUAGUUUGGACAUGAAAGGUGGGCUAGCUGCAGCUCUAUCGGCCUUUGCUGCGAUUAAGACGAGUGGAUGUACCCUUGGUGGCGAUGUGAUUCUGGCUGCCGUGUCCGACGAAGAAGACGCUUCCCAGGGAACUCGCGACCUCAUCGAGGCUGGAUGGAAAGCAGACGGUGCAAUUAUACCAGAACCGACAAUGUGUGCGAUUGUCCCUGCCCACAAAGGGUUCCUUUGGGUGGAAAUCGAUAUCCUCGGUGUUGCUGGCCACGGCUCGAACCCUGCCACUGGAGUCGACUCGAUCCUCUUGGCCGGUCAUUUCUUGACUGCUCUAGAGAGGUACCAGCGCCAACUUCCCGUAGACGACGUACUUGGGCCGGCGUCUCUCCACUGUGGUCUAAUCAAGGGUGGCGAGGAGCCAUCGUCUUAUCCAGCAAAGUGCACCAUUACAGUGGAAUUCCGAACCGUACCAGGACAGACAGGCGAAUCUAUUUUCCGGGAUAUGCAAAAAAUUCUGGCGGAUAUCGCCAAAAAAACUCCGGGAUUCAAAUACGCAGACCCCCGGGUCACCAUCUCUCGUCCAACCCAGAAGAUCCCAUAUGAUCACCCUUUGGUCCAGAAGACGGCUGAUCUUGCGAAGAAAUCGUUAGGACGAUCGCCUUCGGUUGAGGGCGCGGCGAUCUGGUGUGAUGCAGCUUUACUCACUCAGGCUGGUACGCCAGCCAUUGUGUUUGGUCCUUCUGGCGAGGGUCUCCAUGCGAAGGAGGAAUGGAGCUCUGGUGACUUUGACCAAACAAUUGGCUACGACUUUCCUGUCGGGGAACAACUACCUGGACUUGCUGAGAUCGACAACAACGAAUCCCCAAACGACUUCACCAAUGUCAGUCUCUGGCUGAACGGUGCAUAUCGUCCACCUAUACCAUGUAGCCAUUGCAGUGUAAACCGGCUACAAUGCCUCAUUAUCCAGACUACACAGGCGAAUCCUAACCCGGCUACUUCGUGCUCCAGCUGUGUUGCAUUGUUCAGAGAAUGCAGCCUCGCUCGGGGAGAGAAACGCCAACCGGCAGGGUUUGAGACUGAUACGCCGGUUCUUGGUCAUCUCCAUGGGGUUCCGGAGCAGACAGAAGGACAGCCUAGCCAGACACAGGCACCGGGCGAUCACGAUAACACCCAGGAAGAAGGUAUUUACCCACGAAGCAAUACCGGCUUUCAUAGACAGAAUUUCUCGAAAAGAGGCGCGAAAAUUUUGAGGGACUGGUAUUACCAGCAUCAGGAAUAUCCAUAUCCCUCUAAUGAGCAAAAAGCCGAACUUGCUCGUGAGACCAACUUCACCAGGAAGCAGGUGUCUGAUUGGUUUACCAAUGCACGGAGACGCCAGAAACAGACGAUACAAUUCUCCAGACCAGCCCAGGUCUUCCGUGCCGGCUCACCCAUGCCGACUAGCGGGAUCGAGUCCUUGACACCCCUGGAGAGGUGGCAGCAGUCACCACCCGAGGACGAACCCGUGCCUGAAUCGGCCAUUAAAAACGCAAUCGCAUCAACAUCCACUGAUAUGACCCGGUCAAGUUGGAACACCUCGCACAGGGUAGAUGAUAUCUUCCAAAAUAGCGCAGACGAUGUUACCUCUGCGUCCAGUGUUGGCAGUAGAAAUUCCUACGCAUCCUCCGACAGUGCCGCAUGGAGCUAUCAUUCUGGAGAGAGCUUGCCAUUUCCACUACUUUCUAGAAGAUCAUCUAUUAGAUGUCGAAAGAAACGGGUGCGGAGCCAAUCAUCACAAAAAGAGCGUCGAUAUCAGUGUACGUUUUGCACUGACACAUUCGCAACAAAGUACGACUGGAACAGACACGAGAAAAGCGUGCACUUAUCCCUAGUGUCGUGGAUUUGCGUCCCAGAACUCGCAGAGACCUGGCAUACAAACGAUGGACAAGCAGGAUCAACAUGCAAAUUCUGCGAUACCCCCACUCCAUCAAUGUCCCACAUCGAACUGCACGAGUUCGACAUCUGCGCCACAAGGCCCCAAUCCGAGCGCACGUUCAGUCGUAAAGACCAUCUCUGGCAGCACCUGCGCAAAUUCCACCGCUGCACUAAACUGCCCAGUAUGGAUGUCUGUCGGACAGAGUCUAACAAUGUGCAUAGUCGGUGUGGAUUCUGUGGUAUUGUUUUCAAGACUUGGUCUGCAAGGGCAGAUCAUCUGGCGGAACACUUCAAAAGUGGCAAGCAGAUGGACCAGUGGACUGGCGAUUGGGGACUGGAGUCGUCCGUGCUAGCGGCGCUGAAGGAUGCGAUGUUGCCGGGUGAUAGAGCUGGACCGGGAUAG